UUGCUGCCUUCGUACGUAAACAAAUGUAUCGUUCGCAGCAACAUUCGUCACGCUUUUACGACCCUCCACGCAUAGUUUAUCUGAUAAGCGUAGCUGUUGCAGUAUAGAACAGUGGCAAAUGCUCGCGUUACAUUAUCGUUUUUGCUAACCAUUGUGCAAAUCAUCUCACCGCUAGGUGUUGUCUCAAUUGGGGUGCAAAGCGUUUGCUUGGCAGCAUGUUGCGGAAAGUAUUACCUACCUCAAGCGCGGUGAAAGUUGCCCGCAAAUGUGUGUUCAGGAAUGCCAGCACGGCGGCACCGAUACGGCCACGGAUCUGUAUCGUAGGUGCGGGACCGGCUGGUUUCUACACUGCCCAGUACAUCCUCAAACAUUUGGAUAACUCCGACAUUGACAUCGUGGAGAAGCUGCCGGUUCCGUUCGGAUUGGUGAGAUUCGGCGUUGCACCCGACCAUCCCGAGGUGAAGAAUGUCAUCAAUACGUUUACCAAAACGGCCGAGAACCCGCGUGUUCGCUUUCUUGGAAAUCUUUGCUUGGGGAAGGAUUACACCCUAGAAGAGCUGCGAGAACGAUAUCAUGCUGUUUUGCUUACGUAUGGUGCGGAGCAGGACAAUACGCUGAACAUUCCGAACGAAAAUUUGCAGAACGUACUCUCCGCCCGAGAGUUCGUCGCCUGGUACAAUGGACUGCCCGGGUUUGAGAAUCUUAAUCCCGACCUUAGCGGGAAAUCUUUGACCCUGCUGGGUCAGGGAAAUGUUGCCGUCGACGUCGCACGCAUCGUUCUGUCCAGUGUGGAUGAUUUGAAGAAAACGGAUAUUACUGAAUAUGCGCUCGAAAAACUCUCUCGUAGUCGCAUCGACACGGUGCAUCUCGUUGGCCGAAGAGGACCGUUGCAGGCAGCGUUCACUAUCAAAGAGCUGCGAGAAAUGCUGAAGCUUUCCAGCUGCACAACAAGAUGGAGAGCAGACGAUUUUGACCAUGUUGAAGAAAGCAUACCAAAUCUACCUCGCCCGAGAAAACGUAUCACUGAGCUGAUGGUGAAAAGUUUAGCAGAACAGGCACCGAACAAUGUCCCACCCGCUGGACGAUGCUUUCAGCCCAUCUUCUUCCGUUCGCCAGUCAACUUUGUUGGCAGCGGGAAGGUGGAAGCCGUCGAGUACGUCGUCAACAGGCUGGCGGACGGUAGAGCCGUUCCGACGGAACAGCGGGAAACGAUCGCCACCGAUCUGGUGUGCCGCAGUAUCGGCUACCGAGCCGUAAGUGUCGACAAUCAUAUCAACUUUGAUGCAAGGAAGGGUUGCGUUAACAAUGCUGGAGGUCGUGUAUUGAAACGAAAUCUCACCGGAAGCGAUCAAACGAUCGACGACAUUGAGGACAAGUACGAGACGGGCCUGUACGCGUCCGGCUGGCUCGCAACCGGCCCGACCGGUGUCAUCUUAACGACCAUGAACAACUCGUUCGGUGUGGCCGAUCUGGUGUGUCGUGAUUUCAACAGCAACACCAUACGGCUCAACGGUUCCCGGCCGGGGUUGGAGCUCGCCGGCCGACCGUACGUCAGCUGGAACGGAUGGAAAGCGAUCGACAGUGAGGAAGUUAGGCUGGGGCAGGCGAAAGGAAAACCGCGGGAAAAACUCACCCGCAUCGAAACCAUGCUGCAGAUUGCAUCCAAUGCAAGCGAUUAAGUUCUGUGAGAACGCCGCAACCAAGUUGUUAUCGCUAGUUUAGUACCUGCACGUUCGUGUAUGCUGCCUAGUUUAUGUUGUAGUAACGUUGUUUCUUUUUUAUUGCGUUGUCUUCAAAAUUUUACUUUCGGGAGUGGAUCGUUUAAUCGCAUAAAGUUAAGCAGAAAAUAGAAGCUUCAAUCACGGAA